AUGAGAGCAAACCUAGUUAGGAGCCAGUUUGACCUGCAGUAUCGCGCAAAAACGGUCAAGGCUGCGUGUCCGUCUGUAAAUAUAGCAGAGUCUUCCAAGCUGGAGUUCAAGCAGAACAACAGUCCCUGCUACUCGGGCGGCACGGGCAGCCUGCUGGACGGCGCCGGCGGCGACACCAGCAGCUCGCCGGGCAGCACGUCGGCGCCCGCGGCGGCGCCGCACCAGGUCACGGUGUCGGCCGUGUCGGCGGCGGCCGCCGCGGCGGCCGCCGCCGUCUCGUCGGGCCACCCGCACCACUCGCCGCCGCAGUUCAACAUCUUCCCUGCCAUCUUUUCGCGGCAGCUCAACUUCACGUCGUCGCAGAAGCUGGACGAGCUGCGCGGCGCCUCGCUGGUCGACGUCGGACAGACGCUGGACGAGCGCGGUGACCUGAAGCGUGCCAAGUGCAGCGCCGACGACUUCUCGGCCCUCUACGCCCUCCACCAGCAGCACCAGCACGACCUGCCCAGCUCUGGCUCGCAGACGCCCAUCUCGGCGGCCACCCCACCUGGCGCCCUCGCACGUGCCAUCGCUGACCCUGUUGGAAACCUUACUUUUCUUGAAGGCGUCGAAGGGGCAUUUAAAAAACUGAAACCGGAUCCUGGUGCCAGCCUUGGAGGUGGAUCUCUUAGCGCGAUUCAUGCUGGACACACGCCAACCACAUCCUCCUGUCCAACGCCGGCCAGGAGAAGACAUCGGACAACUUUUACUCAGGAGCAAUUAGCAGAAUUAGAAGCAGCAUUUGCAAAGUCACAUUAUCCAGAUAUUUAUUGUAGAGAGGAACUAGCUAGAACCACCAAACUGAACGAGGCUCGCAUUCAGGUGUGGUUCCAAAAUAGACGGGCGAAAUAUCGAAAGCAGGAAAAGCAGCUGCAAAAAGCCCUGGCCCCAUCAGUGAUACCGUCUUGCAACGGUAUGAUGAGAAACAUCUACCCCACGGCCACCAGAGCUUACCAGCCCUAUCCACAUCCCAACUCCAUCAACAGUAUGAACAGCCGGUUUUCGCAGAUGAGUUCGUCCUCUUCAUACCCAUCGAUGGGGCAACCCUUCUCGAUGUCGCACUCGGCGGCCAACAUGAGCGCCAUGUCUGCCGGGAUGCGUCAGGAUGCAAUGGGCAUUAGCGGCGAGGACGAGUGGUAUAACAAGAGUCUUUCUGCGCUGCGGAUGAACAGCUCACACCACCCCAAUUUAUCGACACCCAUCCUGCAAUACCAGACGUAGACGCCGGAGGCGCUGCAUUUGAGUGAAACGAUCGAGAGCUAAGAAGUGAAGCGAAGGCAGGAUGAAUCCAAGAGUCCCUUGUAAAUAAAGCAGCAACGAACAAACAUUAUUUUGUAUGAUAAUAAUAUCCGCUUGAGAUGGUUGGACCAACCGUGCAAGCACUCGGCCGUGACUAACAAGCACGUGUAAAUUCACUUAUUGCUAUUAACCUGACGAUGGUGACAAUUUUGAAAACUCUUCAUAUCUGUGUCUAAUAAUUGGGCUUGCAUCAUAUCUCGGUAAUUUUGUUCACGCACUUCAGGAGGAAGAGAAGGAUGAAGAGGAAAAGUAGAAUUAUUUUCAUCAGAUUUAUAAUUUAAUUUUAAUUGUAAUUCUUUAUAAUUACAACUUUUUUUUGGAUCAAGCACUUCUUCAACUUUUUUUAUGAAAAUUUUAAGAUGGAGUGGAGAGACUGCGAAAUAUUAGUCAUGAUUCUAUUAAAAUAUUUUUUUUAGCGUAUUAAGGUUUUAAUUAAUAUGUGCUAUUGAUUUUUUUUAAUAAUUAGUCAUUUCAUUUCUAGUCAUUUUUGUUUUUGAAAAUGCCUGUUCCAAUCGGUAUGUCCUUGAAAAACCUGAACCCCCAAGUCAUUGUAAAAUUCUAAACAUUUUACUUUCAGCGCAUUUGGAGUGUUUGUCUAAAGCAUUUGUGCAGUAUG